UAUAUUUAAAUAAUGAACAAUAUUUAAAAUUUAUCAAUAUACUAAGAGAAAAUAUUGCUGUCAAAAACCAAGAAAAUAUCAGAUUACAAAACAUACUAGAUAAUCUAACAGAAACUAUAACGAAUCAUAGGAUUGAAACUGUACGUAAAGAUGGUCAAUUCCAGGAUAAUAAUGAACAAGUAAGGGCCAAGGAAAUCAAAGACCUAAUAGAACAAAUCAAUAACAAACACGAAAACCAAGAAAUCAUAAGAUUACAAAACAGACUAGAGAAUCUCACGGAGGUUAUAACAAAUUAUAGGAUUGAAGCUGAACGUAAAGAUGGUAAAAUUGAGGACUUAAGAGAACAAAUUAAGGACAAACUGAAAAAUCAAGAGAUAAUACAAAACAGACUCGAUAAUCUGACGGAAGUUAUAAUGAACUAUAGGAUUGAAAUUUCACUUAAAGAUAGUCAAAUCCAGGACUAUAUUGAACAACUAAAGGCCAUGGAUACACAAAUUAAUACUAAAGAUAACGAAAUCAAAGUCCUAAGAGAACAAAUUAAGAGCACACAAUCCAUCUCAGAGAAGUUAAACUUAACAAAUGAUGAGCUCGCAACAUACAAAUAUACGGAGCAGUGUCCAAACUUGGCCACAAUUUCCUAUUUUCAAUUUAAAAUUCGUGGAAUAAACACAUUUCAAGCCAGGUGUAAUCCAUCCGGAUGGAUGGUCAUCCAGGUGCGGUAUAACGGAAGUGAAAACUUUAAUCGCUCCUGGAAUGAGUAUAAGGAAGGAUUUGGGACGUUAAGAGCAGAGUUCUUUUUUGGCCUGGAAAAAUUGCACCUCAUGACAGCAGCACGAACUUAUGAACUUUACAUUUCCCUUAAGGAUAACACCGGAAAUACGAGCUAUGCUCACUACAGCGACUUUAAAAUUGGCAGCGAGGAAGAAUCCUAUCGUCUGAAAUCGGUUGGGAAAUAUUCUGGAACAGCUGGACCAUCACUGGAUUAUCACGUCCAAUCCAACUUCUCCACAUUUGAUAGAGAUUUCACCGAUGGUAACGGUUUGAUAGGUUGUGUAAGCAAUAACGGUGGUGGAUGGUGGUAUAAGGAUUGUGGAUUUAGCUCGCUCAAUGGAUUCUAUUUCAAAAAAACAAAUCCUGACAUCCAAAACAAGUACAUCAUUUUUUGGGUAGGUUUCCGAGGAAUUUACUCAAAUACAACUCUUACCGAAUCUGUGAUGAUGAUUAAGCCGACGACCCUAUAA